AAUUGGUGGCUGACUAAAUACUUUUUUGCCCCACUGUAUAUUAUAUUACUUAUCAUAUCUUUCCGCACACAGCAAAUGUCAGGGCUGUGGUAUCAUAACCGUACCAACCACCCAGAGGUGUUUGCAGGACAGACCCACCGACAGCUCAAGUCUCUGAUGCAGUGCAGUGUAUGUUGUAAGUUCUUCCCUAGUGCCAGGAGCCUGGCCAAGCACCAGAGGAACCCAGGUGAGGACACCCACAGCUGGGGAGAGACCCAGGAAAGGCUUCCAGACCUAACCUACCCUGUCCAUGCUAUUACAUUACAACCACCCCCCCUUUUAUUUGCUUGGGUACACAACUGACGUAAUAUCUUCUUAUUGUUGUUGUUGGAUUAGUGUUGUCCAUCCCUGUUAAGGAAAAUGCCAUUUGGGGUUUUCAUCUCAAAUUAUGUAUUUGUAUUAUGUAUUCCUUCCAAUCCCUUGUGUCUCCUAAAGGCAUGUUUGAUUCUGACGUGCUGCUGGUGGGGAAUCCAGAUCUGCCAUCAGACUCGUCAGUGGUGAAGUGCCUGUACUGCCCCAGCCUGUUCCCCCAGCGAGGCUGAGAUGCAGGAGCACGCCAGCACCAAGCAUUUCAGCCAGGAGGGGGCAGUGUUCGGCUGCUCUCUCUGCCUGCUGGUAUGCCCCUGCCAGCUGCAGGUCCAGGAGCACUUUCUCUCCUGCUACAUAGGGGCGCUAGAGGAGCAGGAGCAGGCCUCCACCUCCCAGAAGACAGAGGAGGACACUGCUGGUGGAGCAGAACAAAUUAUCUCUGUGGACCAAUCCCAGCAGGUGUUUGUUGCCCUGGGAGACGGAGAGGAUGGUCUCUCAAGCACGGAGGUGAUGGCGGUUAAUGUGGAGGACCUACUGAACGGAACCGUCACCUUUAUAUGUGGAGGUGACCUCUGGCCCCUAGUCUCUACUUCCUGGAGAAGGAGGAACUGUCCUUCUCAAUAGUGGCAGCUUGGAAUGAAUGAAACAAACUUGACACUGGCAAUGCCACUGGUUUUGUAUCCUGUAAGAGCUGUAAAUAUUGAGAUGGUGUGUACACUUAUACACUAAGUGACAAAGCGUAACCUUUGAACCCUCAGGAUUGGUGUCUUUUUAUUAAUAAUCAGUCACUCUGUUAUUGCCCUGUGUAGAGCUGUAUAUGAAUCUUUCUGUAUUUAUUUCCUUUUGAACUGGCGUGUGAAGGUUUGGUUGAUAAAUCUGUGAAAUCCAGCACCGUAUGAGUUUUUUUUUUAUAUUUUUUUUUUAAAUACUACUUUCCAGAAUCUUUAAAUAAUAUUUACCUACAGUAGAAUUAUUCCUCAAACAAAUAAUGGGAUUCAAGGUUUUUAUUGAGACACAACACAUCAGCAGGUUCACAGCAACCUUAGAGUUCUGUCUAUGGCCGCGAGCUUACAUUAAUGGUUCACUAGACGGAAUCAUAGCGCAGCGUUAGUCAGUCUGGUGUAUAUACACGCUUGACUGAGGAGGUAUGAGGUAUGUGCCUCCUUAAAAAAAAAAAAAAAAGAUGACUGACCAUUAAUAUAUACUCAGCUUAUUCAAUGAACACACUUGAGGUCGAUGUUGCCGUCAAACACAGAUCUAUAUAUGAUCAGAUUUCCUCAACCUGAUAUUAAUGCUAACAGGGGGAUGAGAAAAUAUCUACUGCUGGAUCAGUGGUUAGUGGCCACUUCUUCCUAUGCUAAUAAGCACACCGUUUGGGUUUGAAGGUCAUAGCCCUGAGUAGAAUAGCCUACCUACAUUUGAGGUGCUCAUUUCAAACAUUGAAGAAAUCGUACUGUGAACUUGUUGCAUUUGGAAAAUAAAUAUAUUCUGCAAGUAUA